AUGAAUCCAUCCGGGGGCGGCAACGACAGCAGCUAUGGAGUGGGAGGGACCUACUAUGGAGGAGAACUUGUACAAAGCACCGGCGAUGCCCAGCGAGGAGGACGCAACGCCGAUCAAGACUCUGGCGACGAAUUCAUGACCGAGAUGGCCAAGAUUCGCCAGAACCAGGCCGCCGAAAGCGCCCCCGCGACCGGCAAGUACAAACAGAAGCUCGAGGAGGCUCGCCGCGCAACUGUGGACGAGCCCGAUAACGGCUACAAGUACCCUGGCUACAAGGCCCGUCGUCGCGAAUCGCUCUCUGCCGACGAGACCCCGGUAGUGUCUGCCCCCGCCGAUCCCCCCUCUGGAGGUGCGCACUCGUCGCCAGGAGGACCUGCUGAAGGCUGCCAGGACGCGCAAGAAGACUAA